AUAAUCAAUUAAAGGAUCUCUCUAGCCGAGAUCCAUGGUUACUCAACGAUCAUCAUUUUCCUUCUCCAUUCGAUGAAUUUAUGUCUUCGAAACCAGAUUUUCAUUCAAAUCCUUUUCAAGCAAUGGAUGAACUUGUGGAUUUAUCAAUUGAAGCUACAGAGGCAAUGCUUGACUCUUUGAAUUUCAAUAACUUUGAUGAUGAUGAUUCUUCAGUUACUACCAUCGAAAUUACUAUCGUAGGAACUCCAGAUUUAUCAGAAACAAAAAAUAAUGAGGAUGAAUUUUCAGAUUUCAUUGAUAAAAUCUUUGAUCUUCCUGAUGUAAAUGAUGAAAUAGAUGACGAGUUAAAGAUGACUCUAGAUAAUGAUCCAUCAUUUACAAAUUCUGAAUCGAUUCAAGAUCAAGAUCAGCAAUACGAUCCCUAUGAAACUUCAUUUCAAGCUGUAGCUGCUUUCGCAGCCGUAGUUCCUGUCAUUCUUAGCAUGGUAAGAGGAAGGAAAGAAAAGAAAUACGAAUAUUUUGUUGUUCACGCGACAGAAGAAUGCCAAUCGGCGGAUUUAGAAAGUGCAAUGUGUAUAAAGAAAUAA